GUCUCCAGAGGGGCUGCGCCGCCGCCGAGGCGGCCGGGCGGGACCGGCGCGAUGAGCAGCCGGCCCUUCGAAGAGGCGUCCCUUGACAGCCUGGAUCUCUCGCUGAGCCUCCACGAGUCCAGCGAAAUCGACUCGGCGCUCCUGAGCGACAUCGACGAUAUGCUCCAGUUCAUCACCAAUGAGGAGCAGGACUUCCCCAGCCUGCUGGAUGCGCCGUUUGGCCCCAGCCUCACCCCGGAUCCCAACCCGCAUGGGCCCAGCUUGUUCAGUGGCUACCCGGGGGCAAACAAUCCGCCUCCCUCUGGCGUGUUCCAGCUGCCGGCGCCACCCGCACCCAGUUUCCAGUCCCUGCCGGUGGCCAGCCAGAGCAGCAAUCCGACUCCGAUGGACAUCAAGGAAGAAGAGUCUGCGGCCAGCACUGUCGCCCAGCCUCAAGGCCAGCUCCUCGCGGGCAGAGUGACCACGCCGAGCUUUGUCCCCACACCCCAGAGCCCGUUCCCAGCACAGCCGUUGGUGGGCUUCCCGAGUCAGAAUGGGAUUUCCGCACCCCUGCCAGCGGCGCAGCCGCCGCCACUGCCAGCCCUCCCCGCCGCCGUGCCCCAGCCCGUGGCGAUGCAGGCCCCUGUCCGGGACCUGGCCCCCCCGCAGCUCCUGGCCCCCGGCGCCCCCCAGGUCGUCCCGCCGCAGAUCCAGCAAGUGCCGGUGCUGCUCCAGCCUCACUUCAUCAAGGCUGACUCCCUGCUGCUGACGACCGUCUCCAGGGCCAAGACCUCUCUGGCCACCACGGCCGCCAUCCAGUCCGCGCCCCUGCAGGUGCCGGCACUGGUGAGCAGCGGGACGUUCCUGGCCACCGUGCCGGUGAUGGUGGACACCGACAAACUGCCCAUCAACCGCCUGGCCGCCAGCAAGCAGCCGGCCAGCCAGAGCAAGGGCGAGAAGCGCACGGCGCACAACGCCAUCGAGAAGCGGUACCGCUCCUCCAUCAACGACAAGAUCUCCGAGCUCAAGGUCCUGGUGGUGGGCACGGAAGCCAAGCUGAACAAGUCGGCCAUCUUGCGGAAGGCCAUCGACCACAUCCGCUUCCUGAAGCAGGCCAACCAGAAGCUGAAGGCCGAGAACCUGGCGCUCAAGAUGGCUUCCCAGAAGGACAAGACCCUGAAGGACCUGGUAGCCCCCUCCGGUGGGAACGCCGAGGAGCCGGCGGACGGGAUCAAGCUGAUGGCGGCCCUGACACCGCCCCCAUCCGACGCGGGCUCCCCUUCGUUCAGCAGCCCCCUCUCCGUCAGCGGGGCCAGCGGAAGCGACUCGGAGCCCGACAGCCCCCUCUGUGAGGAGGCCAAGGGGAAGCAGGCGUGCCAGGCGCUGCCCCCGGGCAGCCUGGGGAUGCUGGACCGGUCCCGCAUGGCGCUGUGUGCCUUUGUCUUCCUCUGCCUCUCCUUCAACCCGCUCUCCGCCCUGCUGCGGGGGCUCGGCUCCUCCGGCGCCCCCGACCCGGCCAGCCCCGGCGGCUUCGGGCGCAGCAUCAUGGCCCAGAGCGAGGCGAGAGACGCUCCCGCCACGUGGUCCCAGUGGCUGCUCCCCACCGCGAUCUUCUGGCUGAUCAACGCCCUGGUGGUGCUGGGGGCCUUCGUCCGGCUCUUCAUCUACGGCGAGCCCGUGACACGGCCCCAUUCGCAGUCGUCCGUCCUGUUCUGGAGGCACCGCAAGCAGGCGGACUUGGACCUGGCCCGGGGGGAGUUUGCGCAGGCCUCCCAGAACCUGUGGACGGCGCUCCAAGCGCUGGGCCGCCCGCUGCCCACCUCCCACCUGGACCUGACCUGCAGCCUCCUCUGGAACCUCUUCCGGCACCUGCUGCAGCGGCUCUGGGUGGGCCGCUGGCUGGCGGGCCGGGCGGGCGGCUUCUUCCGCGACCGGGAGCUGAAGGCCGACGUGCGCAAGAGCGCCUGCGACGCGGCUCUCGUGUACCACCAGCUGCACCAGCUGCACAUGACGGGGAAGCACGGAGCAGGACGCCUGUCGGCCAUCAACAUGGCGCUGAGCGCGGUGAACCUGGCCGAGUGCGCCGGCAGCGCCAUCUCGGUGGCAGCGCUGGCCGAGGUCUACGUGGCCGCCGCGCUGCGGGUCAAGACCAGCCUGCACAGCUGCUGCCACUUCCUGGCGCGCUUCUUCCUGAGCAGCGCCCGGCAGGUGCUGCUGUCCCACAGCGGGACUGUUCCGCCCGCGCUGCAGUGGCUGUGCCACCCGGUGGGCCACCGGUUCUUCGUGGACGGCGACUGGGCCGUGAAGAGCUGCCCCCGGGAGACCCUCUACAGCGCCGCCAGCAAUCCAGCCGACCCCCUGGCUCAGGUGACGCAGCUCUUCCGGGAACAUCUGCUGGAGAAAGCCCUGUCCUGCGUGUCCAGGCUGGAGAGCCCAACAUCUGGCAGCCGCAGUGAGGGGGAGUUUUCAGACGCACUCGAGUACCUGCACUUCCUCAACAGCUGCGCAGACGCGGUCCCCAGCCCAGCACCUGCCGUCAGCCCCAACAUGGAAGCGGCCACAGGCACCGACCCGGUGGCGCACUGGUGGGCGUCCGUGGUGGCCAUGGUGAUCCACGGGCUGCAGGGGGACGCCGAGGCGAUGGAGCGCUUGCACCCGCUGGUGGAGUCCAUGCCGAAGGCCCUCCAGGCCUCUGAGAGCCCUCUCCCCCGGGCGGCGCUGCACACCUUCAGGGCUGCACGGAUGCUGCUGGGCAAGCUGGACUGCAGCCUGGGCCAGUGCGACAAAGCCAGCGAGUAUUUGCGUGACAGCCUGGGGGGGAGCGCCCCCCCGAGCACCAUCGACAGAGCCCUGCAGCUCCUCCUGUGUGACCUGCUUCUCGUCACCCGCACCCGGCUAUGGCGGCAGCAGAUGCAGGCGGCGCCGCCCCCCGGAGCCCCCUACCAGGCCUCCGCCCUCGAGCUCCGCGGCUUCCAGCAAGACCUGAGCAGCCUCCGGCGCCUGGCGCAAGCGGACCAGCCCGCCAUGCACAGGGUCUUCCUGCACGAGGCCACGGCCCGCCUGAUGGCGCGAGCCAGCCCCACGCGGACCCACCAGCUCCUCGACCGGAGCCUGCGCCGGAGGGGGGCUUCCGGCAGCAAGGGAGGCAGCGCGCCGGAGAGCUGCACUUCGGCGCGGGAGCAAGCGGAGGCGCUCCUGCUGGCCUGCUCCUACCUGCCCCCGGGCUUCCUGCUGGGGCCGGGCCAGCGCGUGGGCAUGCUGGCCGAGGCGGCCCGCUCCCUGGAGAAGCUGGGCGACAAGCGGGCGCUGUGUGAGUGCCAGCAGAUGAUCGUCCGCCUGGGCAGUGGCUCCACCGUCGCCUCCAGCUAGGGGGCGCCGCGGGGCGGGGCGGCGCUGCCCCGAUCGGGGUGAUGUGGGCAAGCGUGCGGACGAGCUUCCUGGCCCCCCUGGCUGAAUCGGCAGGGCUUUUCCGCCGGCUCCCCAGUGCCUGCAGGACGUGCCCCCGGGGUGGGCAUGGGCCAGGCGGGCAGGAGGGGCCCUGUGGGGGUGCAGGGGGUGAUGGGUCGGGCCAGGCUCCUGGGGCGUUGCUACUCCAGGAGGGUCUGUGUGUGUGUGUGUGUGUGUGUGUGUGUGUGUGCACACAUACAAGUGGGUACCCUUUGUGCUGAGCAUCCCUGGGAUUGAGGGGGAAGGGGCAGCUGGCUGUGGCUUGUCUGUGCCCCGCUGCCACACCCCACAGCUGCAGACAACCCCCGGGGGGGCGUGGAGGCCCCUGCUGGGGGAUGGCUUGACGGCUUCCUCCCCCCACACUUGUGGUUGCCCCCCCACCCCGGCUCCUGCCCACGUAGAAGGCUCUGGCGACCCCUGGUGGACGCUCCCGGGACUGCGGGUGCCCGCCUGUUCCCCCAGCUGCUGCGGACCAUUUUGCCCCACCAGGGGCGGAACCGGUGCCGUCCUGACGGAGCAAACCAGGGCGGGCGCCUCCUGGGCCUGCACGAUGCAGCGGGAGGCCAAGGGGUGCUUUCCCGGCGGCCCCCGCAGCAAGACCGGGGGCACGGGAGGCAGGGCCCGAGGGUGCUUGUGGUCUGGUCACGCUCCUGCUGCGUAAUCCUGCCUUGAGGCAGUGGCAGCCUUGGAGUGACGUGGUCCCAGCAACACAGCCACCUGCAGGACUGAACCGGUUGAAUGCCUGCCCACCAGACCAACAGGUGAUGCUCCCCUUGGCUGGGAGGUGUUCUGGCUAGUGUGUCCAGAGGCACGUCGGGUGGCAGAGAGGGGGCAGGGCAGGGCACAGGUGCUUCUUCGCCUGUUGGGUGUCAGUCUGUCGGGCGAUUGUUAUUUGCAAGAGCUCUGCUGGGGAAAGGGUCCCAGCCCCAGGCGAGAGAAGGCAGGUGAUCGCGUGUGGUUUUGGUUUAUGAAUGGGCCGGAAGCGGAAUGCGGCGGAGGCCCGUUAAAUCCGGGUUUGUAGGGAGGUGUCUGGAUGGUUGGACCUGUUUCUUUUGCUACCACAACCCCCUGCAAUGGGCCCACCGUGCUCCGUUGGGAACGCUGCUGUACCUCCCCAAAAACACACACACACACACAGGAUGGGAGUGAAUCGGGCACAGCGUGUCCGUGCUUGCGCACGAAGAGGCCCAUGCGCAGGGACUGCACCCCCUUCCCCUCCCACCGCGACGCUUGGCCACCGUUCUUCCAUGUAAAGGUUAUUUUCAUAGUGCGAGCUCUUUUUGUACAGAUGAUGAAAUAAAAUCCUACUUAUUUAUA